GAAUGAACAAAUCAACACUUCUUCUGCUAAUUUGCCUAUCCUUAAUCACUGCUUUACCAAAAUCAAGGAAAUUGAACUAAAAUACAAAAAGAAAAUUAGAUGAAUCUCCAAUUGACAUAUCAGGUACUUGGGAACCCUUAAGAAUAAAAUUUGAAUAUGUAACAGAUGCUGAUGUUGAAACUAAAGAAUUUUUGGAUAAGAUUUUCUCAAUAUCUGGUACCUUUUUGUCAAAAUACCUUUUGAUAAGAAGAAGUUCAGAUAAAAUAUAAUUACCUUAAGAUGCACCAACCUAAUUUUAGGAAUUUUUUGAAAUGGGUAAUGAGUUGUUAUCUGUAGAGUAUGAUGCUGACCUUGUAACAAAUUUUAUUUAUUUUUAUAGGUUUUUUUUGUGACUACAAUGGAUGAUAGUAAUGAUAGUACAUUAGCCUUUUGUGCUCCAAUUAUUUUUGAUGAUAAGACUUAAAGACCAAUAUUUGGUGCCAUAGGAUGGAAUAUGGCAUAUAGUGAAGUAAGUACACUAACUAAUGCUGGAUUUGAAUCAUAAUUAGCAACAGCAGUCCAUGAAAUUAUACAUGGACUUGGAUUUGUAGAGGAUCUUUUUAAUAAAUUUUAUGAUUCUGUAACAGGUGAAGUAUAUCCAGAUGGAGGCAUGGUAUAAGAGGAUGAUGUUGUGAAAAUCAUAACCCCUAGAGUUGUGGCAUUUGCAAGAAAACAUUUUGGAUGUGAAGAUAUUACAGGAGUACCUAUGGAAUAGGAAGGAGGAGAUGGAACAGCUGGAUCUCAUUGGGAAAGAACAUUAUUCUACAAUGAAAUGAUGACAGGAAAUGAUAUGGUAAGUGAUUUUGUUUUAACUGACUUCACUUUUCAAUUAUUAUAAGAUACUGGAUAUUAUAGAUUAGCUGAAUAUAGUCCUGAUAUAUUAACAUGGGGAGAAGGACAAGGAUGUAGUUUUUAUGAUUAAAUGUGUGAAUCCGAAUUUCCAGAAUUUUGUAGUGAUGAAGGAAGUACAGGAUGUGCUAUUACUCAUAAUGGUAUUGGUGUUUGUUCUAGUGAUGAUCUAUCUAAUUCUUGUAAAUAUUAUUAGAUAGAUCCUAAUUUGGAUUGUAGAAAUGCUAAUUCUAUUGGAUAUGCCGAUAAUGGAGCCACUUUUUAAGAUUUUGGCUAUCAAAGUAUGUGUGUUAUUGGUGGCUUUGCAGCAACAAACGGUACUCCUUAAGAUUUUAGCUGUUAUGAAUACAGUUGUGAUGGCAAAUUUACUAUAAAGGUGAAUGGAUAAUCAAUAGAUUGUUCUUCAGGUGGAGUUAAAACUCUUGAAGGAAUGAGUGGUAGUAUUACUUGUCCAGAGAAUUUUGAAUAGUUUUGUAAAAAUAAGGAUGAAUGUCCAAAUUAAUGCAACAAACGAGGUUUUUGUAUGAAAGGUCUAUGUACUUGUUAUGGAAAUUAUUAUGGAUAAGGUUGUGAAUUAGAAAAUUGCACAAAAAUUAGAAAAGGAACUGAAUGUGUUGAUUCUUGUCCUUCUGGGUAUUAUCUCAAUGACAAUAUCAAUUAUUGUAUAGGAUGUCCAGGAGUAAUUAUUUUAUUUAUGUAAUUAGAAUUGUGCUUCUUGUUCUUCGUAUAAUGCUUGCACAGAAUGUAAAGAUGGUUAUGAGUUGAGAGGAGGAUUUUGCGACUAUUUAGAAGAAAGUAGUGAUUCUAGUCAUAUAAAAAUUCUAAUUCUUGUAUUAAUUGCUUUAAUGUAUUGAUGU